AUGGGAAAGAAAGUUGUGGGUAUAUGGAAAGGAAAUGUAGAUAAGAUGGGAAGACAAUGCGAAGGACUGAUGCGCGCACGGCUGACGGGCGCUCGCGCAGCCCGCGGUAACGUCCUCAUAUUUCUUGACGCUCACUGCGAAGUGACCACCGACUGGAUGCGACCCCUUCUUCAAAGAAUAAGGCACAAGAGGGAUGCUGUACUCACUCCCAUCAUAGACGUCAUAGACCAGAGCAGCUUCGAGUUACAAGCUUCGGAUACUUUUCAGGUGGGUGGAUUCUCAUUCAUGGGCCAUUUCCUCUGGACGGAUGUGCCAGAGAGGGAAAAGAAGCGACGAGGAUCGGAUAUUGGGCCAACAUGGUCUCCAACAAUGGCAGGCGGUCUGUUCGCAAUAAGUCGCGAUUACUUCUGGGAGCUGGGCGCGUACGAUGAACAGAUGGGAGGUUGGGGGGGAGAGAAUCUCGAGAUGUCGUUCAGGAUAUGGCAGUGUGGUGGCACUUUGGAGACCAUUCCGUGUUCCCGAGUGGGGCACGUCUUCAGAUCAUUUCAUCCAUACGGGAUGCCGGCCUCAUCUGACACACAUGGUAUAAAUACGGCUCGCAUGGCCGAAGUAUGGAUGGAUGAGUACGCGGAGCUGUUCUACCUGCACCGGCCUGACCUCAGGAAAAAUCCAAUAAUUGGUGACGUCACCCACCGGAAGAUCCUCCGCGAGAAACUCAAGUGCAAGAGUUUCCAGUGGUACCUGGACAACAUAUAUCAAGAGAAGUUCGUUCCUGUCAAAGAUGUCUACGGCUAUGGCAGGUUUAGGAACGAGAUCACCCAGAUGUGCCUGGACACGUUACAGAAGGAGGGCGACAACGUUCUCCUGGGGGUGUACCCUUGCCACGCGGACCUGCAGGCCUCACAGUAUUUCUCCCUCUCCAACAAGGGGGAGAUCCGCGACGAGACCAACUGCGCCAGCGUCCAGCGCUCCAGGAACGACAUCGAAGACCCGCGCAGCGAGAUCAUACGACCGGUGGUGAUGUCCGCUUGCCACGGCAAGGGGCGGGACCAGAAGUGGGUGCGACUGCCGACCGGUCAGCUGCAGCACGUGGUCACGAAGCUGUGCAUCACGGCUCCUCACGCCGUGGGGGACGUGCAGGCCACCGUCUGCAAGCCUGGCGUGUUCCAGCAAAUAUGGGUCAUUGAUUACACAGAAGACAAUAACUUCCGACGUGAAUCGGCAGACGACGUGAGCUCCGACCAGGAGAGGAGGAUCAGCAUGCUGCGUGGACAACGUCGCAUAUCGCGCUCGCUGAUGUCCUACUCGGAAUCGAACCCGAACCAGGUGUACGACGCGAGGCGGGAUGACAACAGCCCACCAGAAAACGCAACUGUACGGAGACACACACACAAGAAUAAACAUCACAAACGCCACGGCCGCAAAGGCAAACACGGCACCAAGAAACGGACGAAGAACAAGUUUAUACUGAAACUAGUUCGUACGCUGAUGAACGGGACCGAGGACCACUUGGAGGUCGACAUUCACUGCAAGCACAGGCAGCUGUACCCCAACAACACGUUCGUGCGAGACCUCGUCACUAUACUCAACGACAAGAAUGUUAAGGUAAUAAACAACGGGCGAGUGUUCGAACGCAACAAGGUGUCCGAACUCGACUCCGUACGCCCUCAGAGCUCCAAGGUCCUGAACAAGAUGGACAUCGAGGAGCCCAACCCGCAGGCACCCUCGCAGCCUGUCAACGCACUCGCACGGAUGAGAGAAGGGGCAAUGAAAGGUCGCAAGAAGUCCAAAGUGGUGGAUGUGCAAACAGUGAUCUCUCGGGAGCCAGUCGGCCUUCGACCUCGAGACAUACCUGCCAUCCCACCAGCCAUGGGCUCGGGCUUCAGCGACGUGAUGGACGCCGGCUCCAGCACCGACAAGAAGCUCAUCAUUGAAGACUUUGUGGAAGUCAAGAGGAUACACACCACUGUCGGUGCUAAGCGCCACAGGAGGAAGCGCAAACGUCACGGCGCGCAGCCGGCCGCGCCGCCCCGCCCCCGCCCCCGCCCCCGCCCCGCGCACCGCCCACACCCGCACACGCCCCCGCCGCACACGCACAGUGUGAGUACUUCGCCCAAACCCAAGGAGAGCGGUGAGACUGCGAAGGUUGAGGCGAGCGAUUCGGGCGUCAUGGACUCGCCGCUCGUGGACGACAGCAUCGAGCGCAGCUCCGCCAAGGAGGACUGGACCCCAGGUACUGACGAUUUAUCAUACAAACUGCGACAGCCGCUACCGGCGCAACAAGCAGCACCCGCAGCCCCCCCCCUCACCGCGCCCCCCACCCGCACGAGAUCAGCCUCCUCACCGGGAACGGCGUGCACGUGCCACGCGCUCAAGGGUCAGAAGUCCAGCGGCGAGCGUGGAACUAACAACGCGAUGCGCCGAACUGACGAAGCCGCUCCCGCUCCCGUGAAGCUCGUCAUGAGAUCCAACCUGACCUUCAACCUUGGCGACGAGUUCUUCUCGUGGAAGAAUAAAGACACCGACAAUAUUGUGAACGAUUUUCUCGGAGAACUGACGAUACCAUCUAACGACACAGACAAACCACAACGGGGUCACGACGAGAGAAGCCACCAACACUAUCAGCCCGCCGACACCCCACUACGAAACAGAGGUGACGAUAACCAACCACGUCCCAACGACAACCAAGGUCGUGCUGAUGACCCUCAAAGAGAGGAGUACAGACAAGACCAUAUUCGUUUAGAUACUGAGGACAAUCACGUCAGAUCUGAUCCUGGUAUAGAUGCUGGGAGAGAGAGUCAAGGGAAUUACGGGCAGCAAACUUCCCCGGAUGUGCAACAGGAAAAUCAAAAAGAUAACUUGGUGGAUACCAGGAAUGAGAGUGCUCCUCAGUCCUCCAGCUCCUCAGAAAGUAGUGGCGAAUAA